AUGCCACAAAAGGGGACAAGGAAGCUACCGACAAGAAGAGGCGUCCGUGAUCAUAGCAGCCAGCCCUCCUCGCUUGCCACUUCCCCAGAAGGGAUAUUGCUCCCCCUAGUUGUUGGUGGAUCACAGCCCGAUCUAAGAAUGGCCAGCGCUGCGAUGGCUGCCGACGUCACGAUGCACGAGGAAACUUUGCAGCAGAUGAAACAAGGGCAUGAACAAAUGGGUCAGCGAAUGCAAGAGUUAGAGAGGCGGUAUGCAGAGGUUGAGCGAAGGAUGGAGGAACAAAACCAGCAGAUAGCGGAAGAACGUCGACAGACUGCAGAGCGACACCAACAGCUGCUCGAGACAAUUGGACGGGUGCUGUCCAGCAACAUCUCUUCGAAUUCACAGGCAGUUAAUGACAACGAGCAACCAACUGCACCUCCACGGACGCUGACCCCCACUCCACAGCAGGCACAGACACAGGCUGAUACCCAUAAUGGCAUGAUGCUAGCUGAGUGCCCGACAAGCCCUUGCAGAAACUCGCAGCGGGUCACCAGUCCCAGUCCUCGCAGAAACUUGCAGCGGGUCACCAGUCCCAGUCCUCACAGAAGCUCGCGGCGGGUCACCAGUCCCAGUCCUCGCAGAAACUCGCAGCGGGUCACCAGUCCUAGCCCUCACAGAAUCUCGCAGCAAGUCACCAGUCCCAGCCCUCGGCCUCGACGCUACCAUAUCCAAGAGGGUGAAGGUACCAAUCUCCAGCUGUCUAGCAGGUCACCUGGACGACAACGGCAGGACAGCAGGUGCACUAUAGUCCGCCACAAUUCAAAUGUGGGUCAACGGCAGAUGCUUGGGCCAUGCUGUUGUAGGAAUGCAGAAGACCCAAGUACCCAAGCUGGAGGUUCUGGGGCCUCGUACCAAGAAACAAGAGGUGUCGAGCAACCCCACUGUUGGUCGAGAGCAGAGCAGCAGCCUGAGGAGAGAUACUGGUACAAUGACCUUCCAAGCCAAAGACCUUGUGGUCAAAACCCACCACAGCCGAUGCCACGUAGGAAUGUGAAUUCUGACCCUACACCACUGUUUCCUCAUGCUGAUGCUUGUUCAUGGCAUCCAGUAGGCCGUACCUCAUACCAGCCGUCAGCAAGUCCCGAGGUUCCCGUGCAGUACAUUUUCUCCAAGGCCAAGAUUCCAGAGUUUAGGGGAGAAGUCACCGCAGCAAAGUCCUUCCUCAAAAAUCAGGAGGUGGAAGGAUGGAUACGGGCCAUUGAGAACCUCGUAAAACCCCCUACUUCCAAGAUGUUUAUCCAGGCAGCCAGGACCAGCUGUAAAGGCCGUGCAGAGCGCAUCAUCAACUCUGCACUUUUUGAUCAUCUAAGAAGCUGGCAGGUGUUUUAG